CAACACCCCAAAAAUCAGACUCUGGCGUGAGCUUGGUCGAAGUCCCCACUAUUUGCAAUUCAGGUAUCUGCGUCAUCUCACUGCAACGCCUCAGAUUACGGCGCAUAUGUUUAUCAGGAAAGUAUUCCGGGACCUAUCCCGUGUCCCCAAAAAACUAGGCUGGAUGGCGAAGGUGCAUUCAUUUGCCCAUUCACCACGAGUUUUCGUUACUCGUCUCUCCUCAGAGUAUCGUACCCAUGCCUAAGUUAUGUUGUAGACAUCUCUCUCUAUCACAAUAAUGGAUACUUCAACAAAUAUUACACGAGAUAUCGCCAAGGUUGAAAUGAUGGAAAGCAAUGAGACAACAACCAACACCACCGAUACCAAGCCAAUUUCGACAAAUACGCAAGCAGAUGGAGACGAACCAAAAUAUCUUGGGAAAUGGAAGUUAGUGCCUAUUACCGUAGCAUUAGGACUCGCAAUUUUCAUCAUAGGUCUCGCAAGCAUUUCCUGUCAGCAUUGAAUUCACACAAGCUAACCCUAACCCUCCAGGACAAUACUAUCGUAGCGACAUCAACUAUCACCAUCUCGAAUGAAUUCCAUGCAUUGACAGAUAUCGGGUGGUACGGUUCAGCAUGUAGGUGAACAUAAUUCAACUAAAUUCCAUCUUGGCAAUUCAGCUUAUGAGACCUUUUAGACCGACUCACUACAUGCUCAACGCAGUUCUUCUAUGGAAAACUCUACGAGCAAUUUCGUGUGAAAUGGGUUUUGGUUUUAGCCGUAGCCAUACUUGAACUUGGAUCUAUUGUGUUUGCCGCAGCGCCUGCUUCAACCGCCUUCAUAAUUGGAAGGGCCAUUUCUGGUUGUGGCGCUUCGGGAAUCGUUACUGGGGUUUUUAUGUAAGUUCUAUCUAUUGUUUUUUUGUUGCGCUCUAAAGUGAAUUUCUGUCAGCGCAAUUGCCCAUGCAGUUCCACUUCACUUAAGACCAAUUUACAACAGUACGGUUGGAGCUCUAGAAUGCAUUGCAUCAAUUGUAGGACCAGUGAUUGGAGGUGCUCUGACAACAUGCGUCAGUUGGAGAUGGUGGUAGGUAAUCCAACCUUUGUUCUUUUAUGGUUACAUGCUAAUAACAUCUGGUAUUGAAAAGCUUCUGGCUCAACUUGCCAGUUGGUGGAUUUACAGUUGUUGUUCUCAUUUUCUUCUUCAAAAACUCGCCGAAUCAGAAGAUUACUGAAGGUUCCAUUGCUUCCAAACUAAAACAGCUCAACUUUCUCCAUCUUAUUGUUUUCUCCGGAGGUAUCGUAUGUUUAUUACUGGCUCUCGAGAGGGGUGGUACCAUCGACAGUUGGAGUAGCGGCAGAAUUAUUGCUCUUUUGGUGGUCUCCGGAGUUGCGUUUGCAGUUUUUGUUGCCUUGGAGAUGCUACGAAAAGAAAGAGCCGUUAUUCCCCGGUCUAUUUUGACUAACAAGACUGUUGGACUUUGCGUUUUAUAUGCAUUCUGUGCAUCAGCGGCAUUUAACCUCACAGAUUACUUUGUAAGUCAAUUUACUGCAGUAAGUGAUUGACAGCUACAGCUAACGAAUGGCCUCACAGUUGCCUCUCUGGUUCCAAGCAAUCAAAGAAGUUUCAGCCGCCAAGUCUGGACAGAUGCUUCUCCCAUCGAUUGUCUCCCUCUCCUUUGCUGCUAUCAGCUCUGGUUUCAUUCUCUCUGCUAUUGGAUAUUACACGCCUCUCAUGUUACUUGGGUCUACAAUGAUGGGAAUUGGAUUUGGCUUCCUCACCAGCUUCACCACAAACACAGGAAGCUCCGCGUGGAUUGGAUGGCAAGUAAUGUAUGGUAUCGGAAUGGGUCUGGCGAUCCCUCAACCUUGGUCGGCUAUCCAAACUGCCCUUGCUGUAGAGGAUAUUCCUGCAGGGAUGACAGCUAUUGCCUUCGCCAUCAGUACCGGUGCUGCGAUUUUCAUUUCCAUCUCGCAAAACAUUUUCAUAAACCUUCUCCGACAAGGCCUGUCCAAGAUACCCGAUUUGGACGUGGACAGAAUCGUAAAACAGGGGGCAACAAACUUCCUAGCAACCGUGCCCAUGUCGGAAAGGUCACUAGUGAUCGGUGUUUAUAACUUUCCUGUCACGAGAACCUUUUGGACCUGUGUUGCUGUCGUUUGCUUGGGGAUGAUUGCCGCGCUAGUUAUGGACUGGAAUUCUGUCAAGAGGCCCGAGAAAGAGGUGGAUGCUGAAAAAGAACAGGGCGAGAAAGUUUGAGAUAAAUAUUAUACAGAUCCGGGGUAUAAUAGCUCGGGUUCACAUUAAUGCCUUCGAGUACUUUGCUGGGAAAAGAUAUAGUUAUUUUAAGCCUUUGGUUGGCAAAGUAGUUAAGAGAUCAUCUUGAGUGAUAAGAGAUAUUUAGAUUGGUAUAAGGAGU